AUGGCGACCUCACGGGGGAGAACAAAGAAAAAAGCAUCUUUUGAUCAUUCUCCAGAUAGCCUUCCUUUGAGGAGUUCCGGUAGGCAGGCAAAGAAAAAGGCCACGGAGACGACAGAUGAGGAUGAAGAUGGUGGGUCAGAGAAGAAGUACAGGAAAUGUGAAAAAGCAGGCUGUACAGCCACAUGUCCGGUGUGCUUUGCAAGUACUUCUGAAAGAUGUGCCAAGAAUGGCUACACAUCCCGAUGGUAUCACCUCUCCUGUGGGGAGCAUUUCUGUAAUGAAUGCUUUGACCAUUACUACAGAAGCCAUAAGGAUGGAUAUGACAAAUAUACUACGUGGAAAAAAAUAUGGACAAGCAAUGGAAAAACUGAACCUAGUCCCAAAGCUUUCAUGGCAGACCAGCAGCUCCCCUACUGGGUUCAAUGUACAAAACCUGAGUGUAGAAAAUGGAGGCAGCUUACCAAGGAGAUCCAGCUGACUCCCCAGAUAGCAAAGACCUACCGAUGCGGUAUGAAACCAAAUACUGCUGCUAAGCCUGAGACCUCAGACCAUUGUUCCCUCCCAGAGGAUCUAAGAGUGUCAGAAGUGUCCAACCAUUGGUGGUACUCCAUGCUCAUCUUACCUCCUUUGCUGAAAGACAGCGUGGCCGCCCCCCUGCUCUCAGCCUACUACCCAGACUGUGUGGGCAUGAGUCCAUCCUGCACCAGCACGCGCCGCGUGACCAGCGACGCCAGCCCCGGGAAGCUGGAGCACCCCAAGGCGGUCCCCUCUGUGCUGGUUCCAGGCAUGAACCGGUACUUCCAGCCUUUCUACCAACCCAACGAGUGCGGCAAAGCCUUGUGUGUGAGGCCAGACGUGAUGGAGCUGGAUGAGCUCUAUGAGUUCCCAGAGUAUUCGCGGGACCCCACCAUGUACCUGGCUCUGAGGAAUCUCGUCCUCGCCCUGUGGUUCACUAACUGCAAGGAAGCUCUUACUCCUCAGAAAUGUAUUCCUCACAUCAUCGUCCGGGGUCUCGUGCGCAUUCGAUGCGUGCAGGAGGUGGAGAGGAUACUUUAUUUUAUGACGAGGAAAGGUCUGAUCAACACAGGAGUGCUCAGUGUUGGCCCUGACCAGCAUCUUCUGCCUAAAGAUUACCACAACAAAUCAGUCAUCAUUAUUGGGGCUGGUCCAGCUGGAUUAGCAGCUGCUAGGCAACUGCAUAACUUUGGAAUUAAGGUGACUGUCCUGGAGGCCAAAGACAGAAUCGGAGGCCGAGUAUGGGAUGAUAAGUCUUUCACAGGCGUCACGGUGGGACGAGGAGCCCAGAUUGUCAACGGCUGUGUUAACAACCCAGUAGCACUCAUGUGUGAACAACUUGGCAUCAGCAUGCAUAAGUUUGGAGAAAGAUGUGACUUAAUUCAGGAAGGUGGAAGAAUAACUGACCCCACUAUUGACAAGCGCAUGGAUUUUCAUUUUAAUGCUCUCUUGGAUGUGGUCUCUGAGUGGAGGAAGGAUAAGACUCAGCUCCAAGAUGUCCCUUUAGGAGAAAAGAUAGAGGAGAUCUACAAAGCUUUUAUCAAAGAGUCUGGAAUCCAGUUCAGUGAGCUGGAGGAGCAGGUGCUUCAGUUCCAUCUCAGUAACCUGGAAUAUGCCUGUGGCAGCAACCUCCAUCAGGUGUCUGCUCGCUCCUGGGACCACAAUGAAUUCUUUGCCCAGUUUGCCGGUGACCACACCCUCCUCACUCCCGGAUACUCCGUCAUCUUAGAAAAACUGGCUGAGGGACUGGACAUCCGGCUCAGGUCUCCGGUACAGAGUAUUGACUAUUCUGGAGAUGAAGUGCAAGUUGCCACUGCCGACGCAACAGUGUGUACAGCGCAGAAGGUGUUAGUCACUGUGCCACUGGCUUUACUGCAGAAAGGUGCCAUUCAAUUUAAUCCACCGUUGUCAGACAAGAAGAUGAAGGCCAUCAACAGCUUAGGAGCAGGCAUCAUUGAAAAGAUUGCCUUGCAAUUUCCUUACAGGUUUUGGGACAGUAAAGUUCAAGGGGCUGACUUUUUUGGUCACGUUCCUCCUAGUGCCAGCAAGCGAGGGCUUUUUGCCGUGUUCUAUGACAUGGAUCCCCAGAAGCAGCACAGCGUGCUGAUGUCGGUGAUCGCGGGGGAGGCGGUGGCAGCCGUCCGGAGCCUGGAGGACAAGCAGGUGCUGCAGCAGUGCAUGGCCACCCUGCGCGAGCUCUUCAAGGAGCAGGAGGUCCCAGAUCCCACCAAGUACUUUGUCACCCGCUGGAGCACGGACCCCUGGAUCCAGAUGGCGUACAGCUUCGUGAAGACGGGGGGCAGCGGUGAGGCCUAUGACAUCCUUGCUGAGGAAAUACAAGGAACCGUCUUUUUUGCUGGCGAGGCAACAAACAGGCAUUUCCCACAGACUGUUACAGGGGCAUAUUUGAGUGGUGUUCGAGAAGCAAGCAAGAUUGCAGCAUUUUAAAUCGAAUUUGUCUGGACGCAGCUUUCUUCUGUAUCCCAAAUGGAAAGGUUUGAAAAACAUGUUAGACCUCACUUUGAUAAAAUCAAACAAUCCUCUCUAGGUAGCAAAACUUGAAUGUUCUAAGGUGGUAUGAUAAUAUAAACCAGUUUUUACCAUUCUGAAAGCAUGGGUUACAAGAAUCCUUUUUAAGCACUUAUAUUUAAUAGCAUUUUCCAUUGGUCUGACUAGUGCUAAAUGUUCCAAUUUCAGAGUAAGGCAGAAUAUAACCUUCAGUUAAGACCUUGGAUAUGAUUCUUCCAUGGUUAAGAGAUUCUCUUUAAAUCUGACUUUUUUUUUGGCUGACCAAUUUUCACACAUUGAAAAACCAAGUCAAGCAGGAAUCAUUAAAAAAAAAGCCAUGUACUUCUGUGACAAUUUAUCAGUA